GGGGCGGGCCGGGCCGUGCCGGGCGGCGGCCAUGGAGCCCCGCGGCCGUACCGUGCAGGGCGCGCCCUGGGGCCCAGCGGGCGGGCAGGAGCCGCCGGGCCCCGGCUUCGCCCCCGCGUACUGGAGCCCCGCGCAGCCCCGAGCGUACGGGCUCGGGCUCGGGCCCUUCCCCGGCGGAGCGGACGCGCAGGGGCAGCAGGUACGGGGCGCGGGGGGGCCGGGUUCACCUCCCACCCCCCCCAAGGGAAGCGGCCCCUCCCGCCGCUCAGCGCCCGUCCUUGGGCGCCGCGUUUUCCCUGUUUCUCCCUUUCCUCCUUCCCAGGGCAUGGACUCUCCCUACACCAACGGAGCCUACGCCGCCCCGUACCCUCCCGCCGCUCCGCACCGCACCGCGCCGCCGCAGACGCAAAGCUACAGCUCCUCCGGGCCGCCCCGCAGCCCCUACCCCGCCGACAGCGCGGCCCCGUACCGGGCCCCUCCUCCCGCCCCUCCGUGGGGCUGCGGCACGCAGGACUGCCCGGCCGAGGGCUGCUCGCUGCGCAGGCAGCAGGCGGCCGGGUUCUCCCCGCCGCAGACCCCGGGGAUGCCGGUGCCACAGUAUCCGUAUGGAGACCACAGCCCCGGGGCCAGCCCGCAGCCCAGGGCCCAGGAGGAGGUGUGGGCUCCCCCCGCCUAUGGGGUGCAGCCCCGGUACGCGUGGCCCGCUGCUCCGGCACACGGGAACCCGUUCCUCUCCGAAUCACACCCGCCCUGGACUGGCAGCGGGGCUGCAUCUCACCCUCCUGCGUGGGACUCAAAGGAAUCUGCUUAUGACAAACCCGAGCAAAGUACAAACCAACACAGCUACUACUCUGAUGUCAAUCACCAGCACUCUGGGACAAUGAAUGACCACAAACCACCCGCUCUGCUCAAUGCCAAGUCAUCUUCCUCCAACCCCAAGGUGCAGUACAGCGCACAGCCCCAGAUGUACAACAGCGCAGUUUGGAAGCACUUGGCUGGGAACCAGGAGGCAGGCUUCAGAGCUGGCAACCACGCUUCAAUGAAUUCUGCAGCCAUCCAGCCAGAGAUUCAGAGAAUCCUACACGUUACAGAGGAGGCUGAACAGCUGGAACAAGAGGUGGAUGAAUUUGUAGGAAAAAAGACAGACAAAUCCUACCGGCUUCUGGAGGAGAUGCUGACCAAGCUGCUGUUAGAACUGGAUUCCAUUGAGACUGGUGGGCAGGACAGCGUCCGGCAGGCCAGGAAGGAAGCUGUCCACAGAAUUCAGGCCAUACUGGAAAAACUGGAAAGGAAGGGAUUGUGAAAGCCUAUCAGCCACAACGCAGCCUGUUGUGGAGGUUCCAAAGAGUUUGUCCAAAUCUCAGCUCUUUCUGCUAAGCACUAUUGACAAGGAGAAAGCAAUAAGUCCUGAUUUAAAAGAGAAAAACAGACCCACAGGAAAGCCCAGCCCCAGCAAACAGCUUGGCAGUGGACCAGUGAAGAGAAGAUGAAAGCAGCAAACCGAGUUGUUUGCUCCGGGAUGCGAAGAGGCAGCACCACCCGAGGUACUUAGCACUGCGGAGCGCUCCGGGGGUCUGCGUCCUCUCCCUCAGCAAGAAGAAAAUCACUGCACAGAGCAAAGCUCCCCAAACCAGGCCCAAACCAUGGCACCUCCUGGAGCCACAGUUGCAGCACUCAUCACCUUCGUCGCCGUGCAGCCAUAAACCCAGGCCCUUGGCUCGUCCAUCACCGCGUGUGCUUUCAGCUUCAGAUCCCUUGCCACAAAAGCCGGUGUGUGUCGUGCCGGGGUUCUGUUUGUUCCCAGUGCACCCCAGUAGCUCCGUUGACGUGCUGCAGAAAGCAGCCCCGGAGGCAGCGCAGCGGCGUGCUGCUCCCUCUGCUGUGAAGCUGUUCCGUGAUGUCCUGUGGAUGUGGGAACGCAGCCUGCAACUCCCAAUUCUGCCACGGGAAAAGACGGGCGCGGGCGGAGCCGUGCCGCAGCAGCGCAGCCCUGGCCGGGGGGACGUGCAGAAAUGCUUUUCAGGUCCCGUGGGUGGAAUCCACUUUUUAAUGGUAACGUCCUUUCUCGUUCUGCCGGGUCCGUGUUCACUGCGCGUCCGUUCUGUGCGGAGCGCAGAGCUCAGCCUGCCGUUAACCUGGUUACAACAUGCUCAGCGAAUCAUUGCCGUGUGUAACGAGACAAUAAACCCUGACGCGUUUUAAAUGUUAUUUUGUAA